UUUCGCCAUAAUAGCACACUAUGAGCUGUCUCGAGAUGUAACGUCCUUUAUCAGAGUUUCCUGAUUUUCUUUAUGACUCGCGCAAGACUGUGAGUAUAUAAAAAAUCAAGUAGAACCACGUAGGAACAGAAUUCGUCAGAUAAGCUUUCGCGGCCACGAACUGAACCUCACUCACAAUGACAGAUAUCGAGAGGAAUGCCUCGACGAACCAGCGGCUCUGGUAUCGGUCUACGCUAUUCAAUGCCUUCGUCAUCGGCGGCGUCGGCUUCAUGGCCCCUGGACUCUGGAAUGCCAUGAACUCUCUUGGUGCCGGGGGCGCCCAAAAGCCUUUUCUCGUCAAUGCAGCCAACGCCCUCGUCUUUGGCCUCAUGGGCAUUCUCUGCCUCUUCGGUGGGCCUAUCUCCAACAGGAUUGGCCUUAGGUAUACCCUCCUCCUCGGUGCCGUCGGGUAUCCAAUCUACUCCGCAGGCUUAUACUGCAACAAUCGGUUUGGUAACGUCUGGCUCGUCCUUGUCGGCGCGACGACAUGCGGCAUCUCUGCCGGUCUCUUCUGGGCAUCCGAAGGCGCCAUUGCGUUAGGCUAUCCCGAACCCGAUAAACGCGGGAAGUAUAUGAACAUAUGGCUGUGGUUCCGCACCGGAGGACCUAUCCUUGGUGGCGCCAUCGCACUCGGGCUCAACAAUGACGCUGGCGCCAAAUCCAAGGGCAAGGUCGGGUAUCAGACAUAUCUCGUGUUCAUAGUGCUACAGUGCCUGUCAAUACCUAUCGCGCUACUGCUCACGCCUCCGGAAAAGGUUCAGCGGACCGACAGAUCAAGAGUCGUUAUCCGCGCAGAGUCCUCGUUCAGAAAGGAAAUCAUCGCGCUGUGGCAUGCUUGUAAGCGGCGUGACAUCCUCCUGCUUCUUCCAAUCUUCUGGGCCGCCUACUUCAACCAGUUCGGCGGGAAUUACCAGACUUACUACUUCGGUGUGCGUGCGCGUGCACUUAUGGGCUUUGUAGGUAACUUCCCCACGUUGUUAUCCUCGCAAAUCAUGUCCACUCUGCUCGACUACAAACCGUUCUCCGUCAAGAAGCGCAUCAUCAUCGGCUUCUAUUACGUUAUUCUUCUGCACGUUACAGCAUGGGUCUACGCUUGGGUGAUUAACGAGAAAUACACCGCCAAUCCCCCGGCAUAUGACUGGGAAGACAAAGGCUUCGUCGAGGGCUUUUUUGUCAUCAUCCUCUGGGAGUUCAGCAGACAGGCACUUCAGAACUGGUUGUACUACAUCCUGGCCACUAAGACGGAUAACAUCUCCGAGCUGAGCAGGUUUUCGGGUAUUCUCAGGGGUCAGGAGAGUUUUGCGCAGGCGGUGGCGUAUGGGAUCAAUACAAGGAAUUGGAAAGGUGGGAGGGUGCCCCUCGCCGUGAAUACUAUACUUUUGGGGCUGGCGGUGUAUCCGACGUUGGUGGCGGUAAGAGAGCAUGUCCCGGUGGAAGCAAAGCUGGCGGGCACACUAGAUAGCAGAGACGAUGGGCUUGAUUCCCAGGAUAUGGAGGCGCAGGAAAAGGUGAAGUCUGCCAUUGUCAGGGCGAGUAUUGAGCGAUGAGCAUUUGAAGUGAACAUUUGGAACCGGACUGCCCUAAGCAUGCAAUCGGAGGAUGCAUUUCCACGCAGAUCUAGCCCUAGCUCUCAAUACCAAAACAUACGUCCGCGG